AUUCCCUAAGUUCAACCAGCCUUAUACUGACCAAGGACUGAGGGAGAGAGAAGACGAUAAGCUAAGUCAAUGACUCACACAGACAGAUAAAACAACACUAAAAGUUCUGAGGUAAUUAGAUCAAGUGGUGGACAGAGCCACGGGGAUCUGGAUCUAUAUGUAUAGUGGUUUAAACUUAAGUCGAACUUAAAGUUUAUGUGUACUGAACUGGGCUAAACAACACAGAGUUGAGCUAAGCAGGACCAGGACAAAGUGGAAACAUGACAGCAACCACUAGACGGGUUUACAAGAGGAGGGAGACCAUCACAGCCCUUCCUCUGUAUUACUCAGGACAGCUGCUGAAGAAAUACACUGGAGAGAAGGAAUUUAAGAACUUUUAUGCAGAGCUCCGUGGAUCAACACUCUUUCUGUACACAGACGAGAUGCAUGACACAUACUCAGAGAAACUGGACCUUCAGAUGUGGAAGUCGAUGUCGAUGGAUUCUCCUUAUCAAAACAACAGGUCAACCAUCUACACUCUCACCCUGACCAAUGAGGAAGUGCAGCUAAAGGUGGAUAACCCCAACACAGGAGAGGAGUGGAGAGGCUUUAUCAUGACUGUGGCCACUAAGGAGAUCCCCAGUAAACUGCAGCUGCUCCCAGGUCAGAUGCUGAGGCUGGAAGAGGUUCUGUCUGAGGAGAAGAAGAGGCAGGCCCCACGUCCUCCCCUGCCUUAUACCACCUACCAUAUCCAUCCCUCCUCAGACGACACAUAUGACGAUGCUCUCUCUGGAACCCCCCUCUGUUUCUUUCCUGUGUCUCGACAGAAGGCAGAGAAGAUGUUGAAGGAGAACACAGAGUACGGCAGCAUCAUUCUCCGCCCCUCGACUGACAACACUAACUACGCCAUCACCUUGAGACAGGACUACUCCAGUGGCCCAGUGAUGAAGAACUACAAAGUGCUUUCCAUAGACACAGGCUUCGUCAUUGAACUAGAUGCCCCGGUGAAUGUCCCUUCCCUGGGGGCAGUGCUAGAUCACUUCCUGAAGGCAACAGAGUUCCGUCUGCACCCAUACCUGGUUCCCCAGACCUACGACACCUGCAUUGAUUUGCCACUCGCAUUGCCCUGUUUUCCACCCAAAACGGUCCCCCGGGCGAGAGUGGCACCGAUGAUCCCGAAAGGGAGCACCCCUCCCUCCUUUCCCAAACUCCCAAUCAAAGACACAGAUACAGAUACAGGAAAAGAAUAUCAAGACGCAGAUGAAGUAUUAAACCCAGGUGUGUGGGUCACAAUCAACUUCAGCGCAUCAGUGUGUUUACAAUAGACGUGGGUGCAGUCUCAGGCUUGUAAGUUCUCUUCAGUCCGUCUACUCUGUCUCUCCAGACCCCAGACCUGAAGACCUGAAUUAGGAGCUCCGCACAGCAGUACCGAAAGGGGAUGAAACAGACAUACACAGGGGAACAGUUCACACACUACACAAAAAUCACACACACACACACAGAGCAACAAUGUCACAAAUGAACACACUUGAUCUAUAGCAUCUAGCAAGUUUUUGUUUCUCUGUGGCUUUGUACCCAAAUGUCACGUUGGCGAGGAAACAUCCUGUCAAUCAUCCUUAUAAAGAUGUGUACACUAUAGUAAAUGCACUUUUUUUUGUUGAGCUCAUGCUUGGCUCCAGUUAAAAAUUUGCCAAUGAGAUGUAGAUUUGAAAUAAUACAAUGGUGCAUAAAGAUUACUACUGGCCUAGAUAUCUGAAUUGUCCGCUUCUGACCUUUGCACACACACACGGAAAUAAAAUACCACACAAAUG